AUGCCGGUGGCUUCGCCCUCCUCCUCGCAAGAGUCUUCGCGAUCGCCUACCCCUGAGCGUCACACUCGCAAAAGGUAAGUCGAAUUAGCAGCGUUCAUAAUGGUAGCUAAGCUUGGACUCAAUGAGAAAGAGCCGCACAUUUUAUCACCACAGAUCUCGCUCGCUAUCGGGCCGUUCGGACGAUCGGAGCAGGUCGCCAGAACGGAGGCGCAGAAGAAGAUCUUCUGCUUCGCUGUCUCCAGCCAGGAAUGGGCAUUUGAAAUCUGCCGCGGAUAAGAGCCUUCCGACAAAGCAGAUCUCCAAUGGGGAUGGUGAAGAUGUGGCUGCGGCCAAUCGACUGGAGGCGAAGGGAGCAGACUUGAGAACUCAGCUCGCUAAGCUUGCACCCACCAGGGCAGGUGGUGCAUACAUCCCACCCGCUCGUCUCAAAGCAUUGAUGGCAGAAGCUGCUGCAGCUGACUCGGGCAGUGUAGAGUACCAGAGGAUGAGCUGGGACGCGCUGAAGAAGAGCAUCACUGGUUUGGUGAACAAGGUGGCAGAGGACAACAUCAAGCAUAUCGUCCCAGAGCUGUUCGGUGGUGCAAACCUCAUCCGCGGCAGAGGGCUGUUGUGAGUGAAAAGUUUGAGCUGCGCCUCGAGUGGACGCUCUGACGUUCAAAUUUGAUAUUCUUCACAGCUGCCGUUCCAUCAUGAAGGCACAGCAGCUGUCGCUCGUGUACACGCCCACGUUUGCUGCGCUAGCAGCAAUCGUCAAUACCAAGCUGCCGAUGAUUGGCGAACUUCUGGUGACUCGGCUUGUAUCUCAAUUCAGACGCUCUUUCAAGCGCAACGACAAGCCAGUAUGCUCAGCUACCGCUACUUUCCUGGCCCAUCUCGUCAAUCAGCGAGUGGUUCAUGAGGUGCUAGCACUGGAAAUACUCGUCUUGCUGCUUGAGAGACCCACCGACGAUAGCGUAGAGAUAGCUGUCACCUUCAUGCGCGAAGUGGGCGCCUUUCUCAUCGAGGAAAGCCCAAAGGCGACCAACAGCAUUUUCGAUCGCUUCAGAGCGGUAUUGUACGAGGGCGAUGUGGGAAAGAGAGUACAGUACAUGAUCGAGGUGCUGAGUCAAGUCAGACGCGAUCGAUUCAAGGACAACCCUCGAGUCCCAGAAGCGCUUGACUUGGUCGAGGAAGACGAUCAGAUCACUCAUAGAACGAGUCUGGAGGACGAGCUGAACGUGCAAGAGGUUCUGAGUGAGUACUCUUACAAAGUCUGGCUGAGAUGUCGCAAUGUCAAGGCUCACCCCGCUUUUCGCACCCACAGACAUUUUCAAGCCCGACUCAGACUUUGUCAGCAACGAGCAAGCCUACCAAGAGAUCAAAGCGGAAAUCUUGGGCGAGAAUUCUGAUAGCGAAGGUUCUGAUGGUUCCGACUCCGAGAACGAAGUGGACGGAGACGGAGAAGAUGGCCGGGCAGACAUGGAGGCUCUCGAGAUCCAGGAUCAGACUGCGACCAACCUGACAAACCUCAGGAGGACCAUCUACUUGACCAUCAUGAGCUCGGCCAGCUUUCAGGAAGCCGUACACAAGCUUCUCAAGCUGCAGCUGCCAGAAGGCCAAGAGGUGUGUAAGGCAGCGCUGAACCCACAUAACGUAGUUGCAGCAUCGUCGCUGAUGCCUCUCUUCUUUGCGAAACAGAGUGAACUUUGCAACAUGAUCAUCGAAUGCUGUUCGCAGGAAAGGACUUACAACAAAUUUUACGGUCACAUUGGCGAACGUUUGUCAAAGUUGAACAGAGUGUGGAGCGGAUGCUUUGAGCAGUGCUUCAAGACCUACUUCGACUCCAUACAUCGCUAUGAGACUAAUCCGCUGCGCAACAUCGCUCGGUUCUUCGGCCACUUGCUCGCGUCAGAUAGCAUUAGCUGGGCUAGUUUCGAGAUCGUGCAUAUGAACGAAGACGACACGACUAGCAGUAGCCGCAUCUUCAUCAAGAUUUUGUUUCAGGAGAUGAUCGAGAAGCUUGGUCAGAAGAAGUUGGUCGAGAGGUUCAAACACCCCGAUAUGCAGCUUUACUUCACAAACAUAUUCCCGCGAGACAACCCGAAGAACACUAGAUUCAGCAUCAACUACUUUACGGCUAUCGGUCUCGGUCCCCUGACGGAGGACAUGAGGGCAUACCUGAAGGACGUGCCUAGACUACUAGCGGAGCAAGCAGCCGCAGCAAAAGCUGCUCGUGGAGCUGCUGGCUCAGACGACUCUAGCUCGGACUCAGACUCGGAUUCUUCAAGCGUGUUGAGCUCAAGCAGCGACGAUUCGUCAAGUAUUAGCAGCAGUUCUCGAUCUCGAUCCCCACCCAGCAGGAGGAGACGACGGUCCAGCACGCCACCAAGGAGGCGAAGAUCGCCAUCUUAUUCGUCCGACGACUCGAGAGCCCCGCGACGCAGCUACAGACGUAGAUCUCCUUCCUACUCGUCGGCAGACUCUCGCGCUCCGCCACGUCGACGUGACGCCUACAGUCCUGCCAGGAGUCCGCGUCGGAGAUCAAGCUACUCGCCUCUCCCUCCGCCUCGUCGACGCAACAGCUAUUCUCGAUCGCCUUCGCCCCUGCAAGCCUCUCGUCGCCGCGAUAGUUAUUCGACCUCGCCACGACCUGCUACGCGUCGCCGUGACAGCUAUUCUGCUUCUCCUCCUCCGCCCUCUCGAUCUCGCCGCCGCGUUAGCUACUCUCGCUCCCCCUCUCCGGGAGAUCGAUACAGAGAUCAGAGGCGCCGCGAUGAUUACUCCGCCUCGCCUCCGCGAUCGUGCACCUACAGAGAUUGA